AUGGGCGAACACCAUCCAGAUGUCGAAGUCCUCAAAAUCGUACUCCAGGUCGAUGGUAAAGAGCCCGAAGAAGUUACCGUCUUAGGAAACAAGGACAUCCACUUUGAGAUCCCCGAGGGUUCAGAGUACUUCAUGACCAUCCACUUCACGGUGUCCAAUAACCCAUUGAAGGAGUUCAAGUACAAGCAGGAAGUCAAGAAGGCUGGAUUUGUCGUGAAGUCGCGUGAUGUCUACAUCGGCGAUGAAUUUCUUCCUAGAGAAGAGCCAUACGUUGUGGAGUUUGAGAAGGAUCUGACUCCCUCUGGCUUCAUGUUCAGAGGAAACUUCAACUGUACUUCUACCUAUCUGGCCAAUGGCGAGUUUUUGUACGCACAGGACUGGACCUUGACCGUUUCCAAGAAGUAA